AUGGCCGCCCUCUUCGGUGAGGCCGUGCCAGCCAUACUCUCGCCACGGAACCCACCACAGGCACCACGGAACGUGUCCACCAUCUUCACGCCGUCAGGCGCACAGAUCCGAUACAAGGAGCCCGGGAAAGCAGGUGUCUGCGAGACCACCCCCGGUGUCAACUCCUACAGCGGCUACAUCGACCUCAGCGAUGAUGUUCAUGUCUUCUUCUGGAUGUUCGAGGCCCGGAAAGACCCUGCAAAUGCUCCAGUCACGCUUUGGCUCAAUGGUGGGCCAGGCAGCGAUUCCUUGAUCGGUCUAUUCGAGGAGAUUGGUCCCUGCCAUAUCACGAAGAACCUGACUUCUCAACUCCGCGACAUUGCCUGGUCGAAUGAAGCCAACUUGCUCUUCUUGUCCCAGCCUGUCGGUACGGGCUUCUCUUAUAGCGACGAUGAAGUCGGAUACCUCGAUCCAACCUACUUGACUGUCAAACAUCCUAAACCAGGGCAAGAGACCGGCAGAUGGUCGGUCAUUGAUCCUACCGUGAACGAUACCACGACUCUUGCAGCUCAUGUGUGCUGGGAGUUGCUACAGGGCUUCUACAGUGGCCUACCUCAGAUGGCUUCUGACGUGGAGUCGACAGCGUUCAGCCUCUGGUCGGAGUCCUUCGGCGGCCACUGGGGUCCGGCUUUUAUGUCGUACUUCUACGAACAGAAUCAGAAAAUCAGCGAGCAGAAUGCUACAGGCCGCAAGCUCGACUUCAAGUCUUUCGGCCUUGUCAACGCCAUUGCCGACGAGCGGAUCCAGACGAAAUAUCUCCUGGAGUUCACACAAAGCCAUACCAACACAUAUGGCUUGGAUAUGCUUAAUGAGACAGUCUAUGAUCACGGCCGCUUCAACAUGUAUCGGCCUGGAGGCUGUCAGGACGCUCAAGACUACUGCGCUUCUUUUGAGAAGGACUCCUUGGUUCGCCGAUCGCAAUGCUCGCUGGCGCAAUUUCUGUGUCAGAACUCGGUCGAGAAUCUGUUUUACAACCUUGGCGGCGGUCGUGGGACCUAUGACAUUUGGCGCGACUAUAUCAACACUGCAGAAGUCCAGAACGCCCUCGGAACAAGCCUCAACUACACUUCGUCGAAUCUAAUCUACAGCGCCUUCUCUCUGUCAGGGGACUUCGCUGUCAGCUACCUAUACGGCAUCGAAGAGCUUCUCAAACACGAUAUCCAGGUGGAGAAGAUCUUUCCCUUUCCGCAAACUGGACUGGUCAAGAAGCCUUCAGAGUUUCAACCCGAGGCCGCCUUUGCCAUCUUCAAUCGAUCGUUGCACGGUCUGGAUGUGGCGACCGGUAUGGAGGAUACCACGGGAGGAAGCAAAUAUUCGACCAAAGGCACGAACCGCACCACGCACUUCCGUCAGGCGCCGCCUUUGAAUUGUUCCAGUGCGGCUUAG